CGAGCUGUACCCCUCAGAGUUAACUUUUUAAUCCCGGUUUUGUCGCGUUAUCACACACAAGAGGAGGAGGCGGAGGAGGUCGGGGAGAGAAAAGGGGCAAACAAGUCAGUCAUGGUAUGAGGUUAGCGUGUAAAGCCGGAGCGCCUUCUUGCAACUAAAGCCCGUUGAUUUUUAACCGUGAGGAGAAGAAGAAGAGGGGAAAGAAAGGGAAAGGGAAGCCCGGAGAAGCGAGAGAAAAGCGGGGUACAAGAUGCAUCUGGCCGCGGUGCUGUGGGGUUCCCUGGUAACUUUACUGCUCAGCCAGAGUCCAGGAGUCCAGGGCAGCGCUGAGUGUUCAUGUGGGAAGAACCACUUCACGUGUGCGGUCAGUGCUUUUGGGGAAUGUACCUGCAUCCCGGCACAGUGGCAGUGUGAUGGAGACAACGACUGCGGUGACCACAGUGACGAGGACGGAUGCAUGCUUCCCACCUGCUCUCCGCUGGACUUUCACUGCGACAACGGCAAAUGCAUCCGCCGGUCCUGGGUGUGUGAUGGAGACAACGACUGCGAGGACGACUCGGACGAACAGGACUGUCCUCCAAGAGAGUGUGAGGAGGAUGAGUUUCACUGCCAGAAUGGUUACUGUAUUCGCAGUCUGUGGCACUGUGACGGGGACAACGACUGUGGGGACAACAGUGAUGAACAGUGUGACAUGCGUAAAUGUUCAGACAAGGAGUUCCGGUGCACGGAUGGCAGCUGUAUCGCUGAACACUGGUACUGUGAUGGAGAUACGGACUGUAAGGACGGAUCAGAUGAGGAAAACUGCCCUUCAGAUGUGAUGGCAGCCACCUGCAGCGUGGAGGAGUUCCAGUGUGCAUACGGCCGCUGUAUCCUGGACAUCUACCACUGCGACGGAGACGAUGACUGUGGAGACUGGUCGGAUGAGUCUGACUGCUCUUCACAUCAGCCGUGCAGAUCAGUUGAGUUCAUGUGCAGCAGUGGGAUGUGCAUCAAUGCUGGCUGGAGAUGUGACGGCGAAUACGACUGUGAUGACCAAUCAGAUGAGAAGAACUGCACCACGUCCAUGUGCACAGCUGACCAGUUCCGCUGCGGAACCGGACGCUGUGUUCGGCUGUCAUGGCGAUGUGAUGGCGAGGACGACUGCUCCGACCGCAGUGAUGAAGAGGGCUGUGAGAAAACUGAGAGUCCUCCAUGUGCUCCUGAUCAGUUCCAGUGUGGAAACGGCCGCUGCAUUGGACAGAGAAAAGUGUGUAAUGAGGUCAAUGACUGUGGAGACUGGACUGAUGAACACCCACAUCAUGACUGCCGUCCGCGUUCCAGCGAGGGCAACUGUAACCAGAAUAACGGAGGCUGCUCCCAGAAGUGUCAGAUGGUCCGAGGGCUGGUCCAGUGCACCUGUCACACUGGAUACCGGCUGAUGGAGGACGGCAAAGCCUGCCAGGAUGUGGACGAGUGUGCUGAAGAAGGCUACUGCAGCCAGGGUUGUACCAACGCAGAGGGGGGGUUCCAGUGCUGGUGCGUUCAGGGAUAUGAGCUCCGACCUGACAAGCGUAGCUGCAAAGCUUUGGGUCCAGAGCCAGUCCUUUUGUUCGCCAAUCGCAUUGACAUCCGUCAGGUUUUGCCGCAUCGCUCUGAGUACACCCUGCUGCUCAACAAUCUGGAGAACGCCAUUGCCCUGGAUUUCCACCACAACCGGGAGCUGGUCUUCUGGUCAGACGUGACCCUGGACCGCAUCAUGAAGGCGAACCUCAACGGCUCCAACGUGGAGGAGGUUGUCUCCACCGGAUUGGAGAGCCCAGGUGGACUGGCCAUAGACUGGAUCCAUGACAAGUUGUACUGGACAGACUCAGGAACAUCCCGUAUCGAGGUGGCCAACCUGGACGGGACUCACCGCAAAGUGCUGCUGUGGCAAAACAUGGAGAAGCCAAGAGCCAUCGCGCUACAUCCCAUAGAGGGGAAGAUCUACUGGACAGACUGGGGCAACACACCUCGCAUCGAGUAUGCAAACAUGGAUGGAUCCAACCGGCGAGUCAUCGCGGACACUCACCUGUUUUGGCCCAAUGGACUUACCAUUGACUACGCUGGUCGCCGAAUUUACUGGGUGGACGCCAAGCACCAUGUCAUUGAGAGAGCUGACCUGGAUGGACGCAACCGCAAGGCUGUCAUCAGCCAUGGGUUACCCCACCCGUUUGCCAUCACGGUUUUUGAAGACAGCCUCUACUGGACCGACUGGCACACCAAGAGCAUCAACAGUGCCAACAAAUUCACUGGCAAGAACCAGGAGAUAAUUCGCAACAAGCUUCACUUCCCCAUGGACAUCCACACCCUGCACCCUCAGAGGCAGCCUGCAGGUGGCAGGAACCGCUGUGGCACCAACAACGGUGGCUGCAGCCACCUGUGUCUGCCCAGCAACAAGACGUUUACCUGUGCCUGUCCCACCGGCUUCAAAAAGGUGGACACCUACAGCUGUGCUGACGGUCUUGACAAGUUCCUGCUUUUUGCCCGAAGGACGGACAUCCGACGAAUCAGCUUCGACACAGAGGACAUGUCCGAUGAUGUCAUCCCUCUGGCUGACGUGCGUAACGCCGUGGCCCUGGACUGGGACGCCAAAGACGGCUACAUCUACUGGACAGACGUCACCACUGACUCCAUCAACAGAGCGCUGUGGAACGGCAGCAAGCAGGAGGUGGUGGUGGACACAAGUCUUGAGAGCCCAGCAGGUUUGGCGAUUGACUGGGUAACCAGUAAGCUGUACUGGACUGAUGCUGGUACAGAUCGCAUUGAAGUGUCAAAUGCUGACGGCAGUAUGCGUACCGUCCUGAUAUGGGAGAACCUGGACCGGCCCAGAGACAUAGUUGUUGACCCGAUUGGAGGUUUCAUGUACUGGACUGACUGGGGUGCCAACCCAAAGAUUGAGCGUGCAGGAAUGGACGCCUCCAGUCGCAUUGUCAUCAUCUCAUCUAAUCUGACAUGGCCAAAUGGACUCGCCAUUGACUAUGAGACCAAACGCCUUUACUGGGCUGAUGCUGGCAUGAAGACCAUUGAAUAUGGAAACUUUGAUGGUUCAGACAGACAGGUUUUGAUUGGCAGCCAGCUUCCUCAUCCCUUCGGGUUGACUGUACACCAGGACAAGCUGUACUGGACUGACUGGCAGUCAAAGAGCAUUCAGAGCGCUGACAAGCUGACUGGUCUGGGCCGGCACACACUGGCUGAAAACCUUGAAAACCUCAUGGACAUUCACAUGUUUCACCGACUACGUGAGACAGUGCAUAACCCAUGUGCUGUGAAUAAUGGAGGAUGCAGCCACCUUUGUCUGCUGGCUCCUGCUCCCAAAGCCUCCAGCUGUGCCUGUCCCACUGGGAUCAAUCUGCAGAGCGAUGGAAAGACCUGCACACCUGGUAUGAGUAGUUUCCUCAUCUUUGCACGGAGGACAGACAUCAGGAUGGUUUCUUUGGAUAUCCCAUACUUCGCUGAUGUGGUUUUGGCUGUCAAUAGCACCAUGAAAAACACUAUCGCCAUCGGGGUCGACCCCAAAGAGGGAAAAGUCUACUGGUCUGACAGCACACUGAAGAAAAUCAGCAGAGCCAACAUUAAUGGAAAAGCCCAGGAAGACAUCAUAUCUACAGGAUUGAUGACAACUGAUGGCCUGGCAGUGGAUGCUGUUGGCAGGAAGAUCUACUGGACAGACACGGGGACGAACCGCAUAGAGGUAGCUAACCUGGAUGGCUCCAUGAGGAAAGUUCUCGUCUGGCAGAACCUGGACAGCCCUCGGGCCAUCGCACUCUACCAUGAAAUGGGUUAUUUAUACUGGACCGACUGGGGAGAGCACGCUAAGCUAGAGCGCUCAGCGAUGGAUGGAUCGGACCGUGUGGUUCUCAUCAGUAACAACCUUGGCUGGCCAAAUGGACUCGCCAUCGACAUGGCCGGCUCACAGUUGCUGUGGGCUGAUGCCCACACAGAGCGUAUUGAGUCAUCUGACCUAAACGGGCAGAAUCGCCGCACCCUGGUCACUCCAGUCCAACAUCCGUAUGGGUUAACCCUGCUGGGGUCCCACAUCUACUGGACCGACUGGCAGAGCCGCAGCAUCCAGCGAGCUGAUAAGAACACAGGGACCAACAUCAUCACUGUGAGAGCCAACCUGCCAGGCUUGAUGGACAUCCAGGCUGUGGACAGGGAGAGACCACUUGGUUUUAACAAAUGUGGGAAGAGGAAUGGCGGCUGUACUCAUCUCUGUCUGCCUCGUCCUAACGGUACCUCAUGUGCCUGUCCCACUGGCAUCCUGUUAAAAGGAGACGGCAGGUCCUGUGACGACUCACCAGAGACGUAUUUACUCUUCUCCAACCGUGUCAGCGUGCGCAGAAUCUCCCUGGACACCAACGACCACACAGACGUGCACGUACCAGUGCCUGAGCUGCACAACGUCAUCUCACUGGACUACGACAGCGUGGACGGAAAACUUUACUACACUGACGUCACGCUGGAUGUCAUAAGGCGUGCAAAUCUGGAUGGUACUGGCAUGGAGACGGUGAUUAGCCAGGGUCUGAAGACCACAGAUGGGCUGGCUGUGGACUGGGUAGCAAGGAACAUGUACUGGACUGACACAGGCAGGAACACCAUCGAGGUUGCCCGCCUGGAUGGAACGAGCCGCAAAGUCCUGGUCAAUAACAGUUUGGAUGAACCGAGGGCAAUUGCAGUGUUUCCAAGCAAAGGGUUUCUCUUCUGGACUGACUGGGGCCACAUCGCAAAGAUUGAGCGGUCUCACCUGGACGGCUCAGACAGAAAAGUUCUGAUCAACACUGACCUGGGCUGGCCAAAUGGUCUCACGCUGGACUACGACACCAGAAGGAUUUUCUGGGUGGAUGCCCACCUGGACAGGAUCGAGAGCUCUGACCUGAACGGGAAACUGCGUCAGAUCCUCGUCAGUCCAGUGUCCCACCCGUUCGCUCUAACUCAGUUGAAGCCGGUGUCCUCCCCUCUAACUCCUUUCUCCCGACUCUCGCAGCAAGACCGCUGGAUCUACUGGACGGACUGGCAGACUAAGUCCAUCCAGCGGGUGGACAAACAUACUGGACGUAAUAAGGAAACCGUGCUGGCCAACGUGGAGGGCCUCAUGGACAUCAUAGUGGUGUCACCUCACAGACAGACAGGUACUAACCUUUGUGGAAUAAAUAAUGGUGGCUGUACUCACCUUUGCUUCGCCAAGACCAACAGUUUUGUAUGCGCCUGUCCUGAUGAACCAGAUGGACGACCCUGCUCCACCAUUUCAGGUUAUGUCCCUACAUCACCUGCCAAAGGGACCAGCAGCACUCCGGUUCCCAAUAAGAUCCCCAGAGGUCCGACAGAGACUCCACACAGAGGACCCAUACUCGUCAAUUGCACUGAUAAAAACCUGAAUGACGGAGGCUGUAUAAACGACGUGGUGACAGCUCCUCAUGGAGAGGGACUUCAUAUCAGCUAUGUGAUUGGUGGAGUUCUGACCAUCCUGGCGAUCCUGAUCCUCAUUGCUGCUUUGAUCAUUUAUAGACAUAAAAAGUCAAAGUUUGCUGAUCCUGGAGUGAGUAACCUAACAUACAGUAACCCCUCGUAUCGGACGUCCACACAAGAGGUCAAGAUCGAGGCGUCGCAGAAGCCUCCAAUAUACAACCAACUUCGAUAUAAGAAAGAGGGGGGCGUGGACGGAGGCUACACCAAGGAGAAGAUCCGCAUCGUGGAAGGCGUAUGCCUCCUGUCCAAUGAGGAGCUUUACUGGGAUGACCUAAAACAGAUCAAGCCGUCUCGAGGCGGCCUGCACACCUGCAUGCGCACGGACACCGUGUCCCUGCAGGCCAGCAGCGCUUCGCUAGACGACGGCGAGACGGAGCAGCUCCUCCAGGAGGAGGCGUCCGAAUGCUCCUCCAUAACCACCCUGACCCCUUCAGCUAUCACCCCGCAGCGUCACGCUCAUCACACCCUGCCUGACACCGGCUGGGCCUCCUCGCGCAAGCCCUCCACGGAGAGUGAAGUGUGAGGGAGGCCUCCCCCUUUCACCCAUGCUUUAUAAUAACCUCCAUUACAUAAUACAAACACCUGUAUUUAUAGCUGGUACAGACACAAUGACAGAAAUACUGUAGGUACAAACACAGAACUGUUGCAAACGUAGAGUUACGGUACUACAAACCUGGUUACACUCAAAUAAGCUCACAUAAACACACUUCCUGUCUCUGAAACUGGGCUCCGUCCUACCUGUGCACACACAAGCAAACAUACACAUGCAGUACAGUCCUCAAACAGAACCCUCAAUGCGACUGCCUGUAGGCAACAUGAUAAACUAAUGAGCAUGCUGGAAUAAGAAGGCAAAAGACUCUGGGGAGGAAGCAAACAGAGAGACACAAAGCGUAAUCUGGAGCCUUUUUCAAGGAUGCAGACUCUGAAUGCAGCAAACGCUUCUCUGUGUUCAUCUCCACCAUCAUGUUUUGUGGACUUCUUUUUCCCCUGGACAAAGCUGAAACAACAUACUCCCUGGAUGACGUAACCUCGAUGCUCUCUCUAAUGCCACUCAUGACUUUAUGAACUCUAUUUAUGAACGUUUUUGUACUUGCCGAGUGGGUUUUGGCGAGAGUGUUGUGUUAGAACUUUAUUGCAGCAGGACCCGGGUUUUUAAAAGUUGUAUUUAUGACAGUGCCAAAGGGUGGGGCUUCACAGAGUCUCAAUGCUUCUCUCUGCAUUAAAACAUCAAUAGAUAUAUAUAUAUCGUAAUUCACAGGAUGUUUAUUUUGUUUGACUUUACAACCCACCAGUGGGAGACCUCAUGAUUCCUCAUUUUACAGCCUUUUACAGGUCAAGGACUUACUGUAGCUUAUACUGGAAGUCCAUUCAUUCUCUGCAAAACUAACCUGAGAGGAGCCUUUUGUUUUUCUUUUUUAUGUUUUAAUUCAACCAUUGUUGAUCCUCUGGCUUAGCAGGAAAAAAGUCAGUAUGAAGUAACAGCCUAAGUGCCAAACAUUUUGUUCUUUUCUUCUCUCAGCUGCAUAUUUAUUUUUCUCAGAGGUUUUAAAAUGUUCAUGAUGGUUGUUUUACUUGGGUUUGGUCACCCAAAUCUCAGAAAAACAUUUUCUUUGAUAUUUACCACAAAGUCUGUUUUAGCCAUGCAGAUAGUUUUGGUUUGACAUGAAGAAGUGUCUUCAUUCAAGGUGUAUCUUCUGUCCAAAAAGCUAUGGGUUUCCUCUGGAACUGCUUUUAAAUCUAACAGAAAACAGAAAUGAUCCACAGUUUCAGAAAAGUUCUGCAUCAGACAGUGUGUUGCUAACUAUGACUGUGCACACAGAUUGACAAAAACAACUGAAAAUGUUCCUGUACAUGUGCCAGGUGAUGCACAUGUGCACAUGCACUUUCUUCAAGGUGGUGAGGUGUUAAAAUAAAAAAUGGCUAAUGCAAUGCCCAUUUCAAAACAAAACGCACAUUUUUACAUGAAAUUGUUGUGUUAACAUGAAAAAGGAAAUAUUUAUCCUUGGGUUUAUUCACAAGGUAAAGGGUUAUCUUUGACAGCACUUAAUAUUAAAGUUUUAACUACAAUUUAACAAAUUUGACAAUACGUGCUGAGGUAAUCAGAAAGGUCUUUAGCUAUAAUCUCAGCCUUCUUAAAUGAUGUAAAAGGCAUUUAUCCAUCCCUUUCAAUUUUAUACUUUGCGAAUUUGCCCUAACAUGUACUCUGACUGUAAAGAUGUGUCUUUUAAUAGAACAUAAAACUAGCAAUGAUUUUAAAGACAAAAUACUUCCCUUUUUAUGUUAACAAAUUGAUUAAAUUGACUGAUAUCAUGCUUUAAAAAAUCAAAUUCUCAGGCUAGUUUCCUAAAUAUUUGCAAUACUAGAAAUGACCACUUCUUUCUUUCAUCAUAAUCCCCAACUUUAUUGUCAACGACCACUUUAUUAGGUAUAUCCGUUCACCUGCUCAUCGAUGCAAAUAUCUAGUCAGCCAAUCACAUGGCAGCAGCCAGUGCACUUAAGCAUGUAGACAUGUAGACGAUAUGCUAAAGUUUAAACCAGGCAUCAGAUUGAGGAAGAUGUCAUUUCUGUGAUUGUACCCUGCCAUUCAAAUGUUGCAACAGACAUUGAGACUUAUCAGACCAGGCAAUAUUUUUCCCUUCUUGUUUGUACAGGUUUAGUGAGCAAACACAAGCCACAGUUUUCUGUUCUAAGAUGGGACUACGUGCACCAUACCUUGACCCCCAAACGGUAAUGGUUCAGGAUGAAUGCAAAUACCAUUACACCCUUAAUUCUUUGUAAGCCCUUGAGAUGGUGGUGUAUGAAAAUCCCAGUAAAUCACAAGCUAGCUUGGCUGCAGACCACUGCUGUCAGGACAGAAAUAUACUCUUAAAAUGAAAUGUGAUUACACCUCUGGACAGGAUUAGGGUUAUGGGAGGGUGGGUUAGGAACAGCCUGAAGUAAAGCUGAAAGCCUCUUGCUUUUAUUACAAACUUUAUGCAGCUUACCACAAAAGUAACUAUUCUGACCUGCAAAAUCUAAUUGCAAAAAUAUAGCUGACUAAACAGCUCUUCUUCCAGCUUACAUAGGUAAAGACAGCCACUGUUCACUACUUUUAAAACAGAAAAUGCAUCAUAACAGCAACUUUCAUCUCUUCGUCCUGACAGAGGUGGCCUGCAGGAAGGGGGAUCUGAGAGUGGCAGGCUGCAGCCAGUUUGAGCCUCAGCGGAUCUCUCACACUAUGCCUACAUGUCUAAAUGUUUUGGUUGCUGCCAUUUUUUUUUUUGCCUGAUUGAUGGCGUAAGUUUGAGUGGAAAAUAGGUGGACAACUUGGCACAAAGAACUAAAAGUUUCUGCAUGGCUAAAUGCUAAAUAGGUAAAGAGAUCAUUCUAGUUUUCACCAGUCAUCUUUGAAUCUGUAAAGCAACCAUGUAGUUGCAGUUUCUGCCACAGUACGGUAAAAGUAAUGGAUACCUUAGGAACACUGUGCAUGUCUGACCCAUCAGACUAUGAGGGUUUUAGUUUAGAAAUAUAUCACUGACAACUUACUGAAAUGACUUUAAUACAAGUAAAGAUAUUAUGAAUUGCUUUAACGUUUAGAGUACCAUUCUGUUUGUUGUUAAAUUGUGGUACGAGGAAAUUAUUAUAUUACUAUAUUGACAAAUGUAUUGGUUAGACUUAACAGAAGUUUGAAGUAUCUGCUACAAGCUCAGCAGUUUGCUGAUUUGCUGCUAGACGAAGCACUGAGGCCAAUGAUCGAGGGUCUUGGCAGCUACAUAUCUACGGUCUCCGUCGAUUGGUUGACAGUUGGCCUUCAGAGCAUCACAACGACCCUGUAACCAAUCACCCUCUGGCUCACAGUCCCUCCAACUCUGCUGCAGGAAUGCUAAAACUGUACAGAUUUAUCAUGCGGAUAAAAGCAUUUAAACAUUUCUAUUGAAGAUAUUUCGUUGAUUAAGUUGUAUAGUCUUUUGUACAAAGGGAUUUCAUGACCGUUUUUAGACUUGUGUUAAUUUACUCACUGGAGAAGAAUUUUUUUUUUUUUUCCGCUGGAUUAUUUUAACCACUGUGUUUCCAAGCCUUGUAAAUGAUAGGGAAGAUGCCAGUUAUUUAAUAGUGCUCUUUUUAUCUUAUGAAAUACUGGUCGCGUAUAGCUGUUGUAAAGUUAACAAAAAGAGGUAUUUAUGAUUUCUGUUUGGUUGUCACUUGAUGUGUAAAUAUGAAAAGACUGUAUAUGUAUUUCCAUGGCAGUACUAACAAGCUGUGUUGUGUGAUAUAGUGAAUUAUCCCUUUGCUAUCUUUUAAUAUAAAAUUGCAUUUGCAUUUCAAUGAAA